CCCCACCCCGACCGAUUCGCGAGACCUAGAAAGUGCGACCAAAAAUGGCGAUGAGAUGCGCGCUGACCUCCCUCCCCGCGCGCCUCCGGUCUCCGGCGGCGGUCGCGAGCGGCACCCGGCGCCUCCUGAGCGGCGGGAAGGGAGGCGUGCUCAAGGAGGAGGAGCGCGCCAAGGAGACCGUAUACAUCCAGAAGAUGGAGAGGGAUAGGCAGGAGAAACAGAAGAAGCAGCUCGAGAAGGAGAAGGCCGAGGCCGAGAAGGCCAAGUCUGGAGCCGAUGGCAAGAAGCCCGAGUGAUCUAACUAGGAGUGACGUUCCAAUGUUUGAAGGUGACCUCGUUUUGGACGCAUCCGGUGGACAGUUGUAGUUUAUACAUGUCCAGAUAUGGAAGAAUAAGUUAUGUAAAAAACGUUUCAAUGUUUGCUGUGUUUUCGGUUUUGCGGGCUUUGCAAUGAUGUAACCCAUGGACCAUACAUUGAGAAUUUGGGACUCUUUAUUAUCUUUCUUGGUCCA